AUGGGUAUUUUAGAGAAAAUAUCUGAAAUCGAAAAAGAAAUUGCAAGAACACAGAAGAAUAAAGCUACCGAAUAUCACUUGGGGUUAUUGAAGGCCAAGUUAGCCAAAUACCGGUCCCAACUCCUAGAGCCGUCUAAGAAAGGAGGUGAUAAGGGUGAAGGGUUUGAUGUGCUGAAGUCUGGAGAUGCCAGAGUAGCCCUUAUUGGUUUCCCCUCAGUGGGUAAGUCAACUCUUCUAUCAACUUUGACCCACACACAUUCAGAAGCAGCCAGCUACGAGUUUACCACGCUGACAUGCAUUCCCGGUGUGAUAGAGUACCGCGGCGCCAACAUACAGUUGCUUGAUUUGCCUGGUAUCAUUGAAGGUGCUGCCCAGGGCAAGGGUAGAGGACGACAGGUGAUAGCUGUAGCAAGGACAGCAGACUUGGUGCUAAUGAUGCUGGAUGCUACAAAGCCCUAUGUGCACAGACAGCUGCUGGAGAAAGAGUUGGAGAGUGUCGGCAUCAGGCUGAACAAGCCUAAACCUAACAUCUAUUUCAAAGUGAAGAAAGGUGGUGGUCUAUCAUUCAACUCAACAUGCCAGCUUACCAAGGUUGACGAGAAAAUGGUGCAAAUGAUUCUGCAUGAAUACAAGAUAUUUAAUGCUGAGGUAUUAUUCCGUGAAGAUGCAACUGCAGAUGACCUGAUCGACGUAAUCCUCGCGAACCGAGUGUACCUGCCUUGCCUGUAUGUGUACAACAAGAUCGAUCAGAUCUCCAUCCAAGAGGUGGAUAGAAUAGCCAGACAACCACACUCUGUUGUUGUUAGUUGUAACAUGAAGCUGAACUUAGACUUUCUAUUGGAAACCCUCUGGGAGUACCUGUCCCUUAUCAGGGUUUAUACUAAGAAGCCAGGUCAGCCCCCAGAUUUUGAAGAUGGUCUCAUUUUGAGAAAGGGUGUAACAAUAGAACACGUUUGCCACUCUAUUCACCGCACGUUGGCAGCGGCACUGAAGUAUGCCUUAGUUUGGGGCACCAGCACCAAAUACUCUCCACAGAGAGUGGGACUCGGCCACACAGUGCAGGAUGAGGAUGUUGUACAACUCAUUAAGAAGUAG